UAUGUAAAAGGUGCACGAGAGGUGCGUUGCGCCAGGUUACGCCGAAUCAUAACGCUCAUGUCUAUCUCAAAAGGUAUAGCAUUGAUAACAGGGUCCGCUCAGGGAAUCGGUCGUAGCAUCGCUCUUCGGCUCGCACGGGAUGGCUUUAACGUCGCUCUCAAUGAUCUGCCCAACAAGGAUGCCAAGCUGGAGGUGGUAGCGAAUCAAAUUGAAAGCCUUGGAAGGCAAGCCUACAUCGUUCCCAGCCGAUUCAAAGAGAUGGUCGAUGAUACUGUUACAAAACUUGGUGGACUGGACGUCGUCAGUUUCUCAUGCCCUCCACUAGCGACUGUAGAGUCAUGGGACCACACACUCUCAGUAAACGCCCGUGGAGCUUAUCUAUGUUACAAGUAUGCUGCAAUACAGAUGAUCGAACAGGGGCGCGGCGGUCGAAUCAUUGGUGCGAGCUCAAUCGUGGGCAAAAUGGACAGGCUUCCCCACAACUCCUCGUAUACGGCGAGCAAAUUUGCGGUUCGAGGGCUCACUCAAGCUGCAGCUGUUGAACUCGGUCAAUAUGGGAUUACAGUUAAUGCAUAUGCUCCGGGCGCGAUACAUGCUUCCAUGACCAAGGUCGUGCUGGACGAGUCUGGGAAUUGGUUUCAGUCGGUAUUUGAGAAUGUCCCCAUCAAGCACAUCGGACAGCCUGAAGAUAUAGCUAGCAUCGUGAGCUAUCUUGCAUCGAAGGAAGCGCACUUCAUUACCGGUCAGUUCAUGCCUUUAUUGUGCCUGUCUCCUGCUCACAUUACUGUUGAUGGGGGACUCAAUAUGGGCUGA